AUGGUUGAAGCGGAUCGCCCGGGCAAGCUCUUCAUUGGCGGGCUCAGCCUCGACACCGACGAGAAAGCCCUCGAUGCCGAGUUCGGCAAAUAUGGCCCCAUCACUGAGGUGCUCCUGAUGAAAGAUCGAGAAACCAGCAAGUCCAGAGGUUUCGCGUUCAUCACCUUCGAAAACCCCGCCGACGCCAAGGCCGCCGUCCGAGACAUGAACGGCAAGUCCCUGGAUGGUAAGGCCAUCAAGGUGGCCCAGGCCACCAAGCCGGUGUUUGAGAGCGGCCGGCGGGGCCCGCUGCCGCAGUCCCGCAACCGCGGUCGCCUGAGGGGCCUGCGCGGGAACCGCGGGGGCGGCCGCGGCCCGCGGCGAUCCCCUUCCCGGGGUGGGACCGCCGAUGGCGGCUAUGCGGGUUAUUUCGAGCCGCGGCCUUCCAGGGCCGGCCCGCCCCCCAAGAGGGCCGCGUCGUCAGUGCCGCCUCGCAGCGGCGGCGGCGGAAUGCGCGGGCGGGAUGGCUAUUCGGGCCCGCCGCGCCGGGAGCCGCCACCCCCGCGCCGGGACCCCUACGUGGGCCCCUGGGAGGAGGGCUACUCGCCCCGGGAUGGCUACUCGAGCCGAGACUACCCGAGCGCCCGCGACCCUCGGGAUUUCGCUCCGUCGUCCCGAGAGUACACCUACCGCGACUACGGCCACGCCAGUGCCCGUGACGACUGCCCGUCGAGAGGCUACGGUGACCGCGACGGCUACGGGGGUCGCGACCGUGACUACGCGGAUCAUCUGAGCGGGGGCUCCUACCGAGAUCUCUUCGAGGGGUACGGCGACCCGCGCAGCGUCGCCUCCACGCGGGGGCCGCAGCCAUCUUACGGCAGCGGAGGCCGCUACGACGAUUACCGGGGCUGCUCGCCCGACGCCUACGGUGGCGGCCGCGACAUUUACAGCAGCGGCAGGAGCGAUCGCUACUCGAGGGGCCGUGACCAGGUCGACAGAGCCAGUCGCGGGGCACCCCUGUCCAUGGAAAGGGAGUGCCCCCCGCCCCGCGAAUCGUACAGCCGGUCGGGCCGCAGGGUUCCCAGAAGCGGAGGCCGCCCAGGAAGCCCCUCGGAGAGAGGGGGAGGCCGCAGCAGAUACUAA